UUUUUAUAUACGACCAUCGCUCAAAUUCUUAAAAAUAAAAGCCCAGACACUCCGCCCGGGCACGCCCAUCUUGACGUUUCAUUUCACCGGCUUGUCAUUGGUCAGUUUCUGAAAUACUUGGCGCGCUUGUUGAAGAGGCAGGAAUUCUGUCAACACAUAUUUGCUAGCUCCAGCCAGUCUCCAUGUGGUCAAUUAACUAAAAUCAAACCAUACCGUGUUCUAACUCCCAGGCGGCAGGAGCAUUAUUAGCAGUGAUGGAAGAGGCUGGUGCCCCCCACUUCCCCUUCCCCUACCAGCCAUACCCCAUCCAGGAGCAGUUCAUGCAGGCCCUGUACGGGGCACUGGAGCACGGCAAAGUCGGCAUCUUCGAGAGCCCUACUGGAACGGGCAAGUCUCUGAGUCUGAUCUGUGGAGCUCUGAGCUGGCUGAGGGACCAUGAGGAGAAGAGGAGACAGGAGGCAGACAGACUGCUGCAGGGGGGUGGAGUUACAGCUCUCUCCAUCUCCUCAUCCCUCUCUACCACAACAUCCUCCUCUGCUGAGCCUGACUGGAUCACUGACUUUGUGCAGAAGAAGGCAGAACGGGACUUUGUGUCUAAACUGAAGGAUGAAGAGCUGCGGAGGAAGAAGAGGGAGGAACACCUGGAAAUGAUCAGAAACAACUCUCAGCUGAAAUACGCUCUGAAGAGAAAGAGCUGUGAGGAUGAUGAGGCGGUGAAGCUGCUGCAGCUCAGUAAGGACCCCCAGGGGGAGGAGCUAAAGGAUCCUGAGGAGGAGGAGCUUAUUGUGGCUGAGUAUGAGAGCGAUGACGAAUCGAAGACUAAGAACAAGUUCUGUGGAGGUGAUGACGAUGAUGAAGAUGACUUGGUGGAGGAGCACGUCACUAAGAUCUACUACUGCAGCCGUACACACUCCCAGCUGGCUCAGUUUGUCCACGAGGUGCAGAAGAGUCCCUUCAGCCAGGACAUCAGCCUGGUCACACUGGGGUCCCGACAGAAUAUGUGUGUAAAUGAGGAGGUGCGUCGGCUGGGAAGCGUCCAACGUAUCAACGACCGCUGUAUGGAAAUGCAGAAGAACAAACACGACCAGCGUCCAAAGGAAGUGGAGGGUGGUAAGAGGAAGAGGGGUGUGUCUAAGGCGGUGUGUCCGUACAUAGGGGCUCAGGGGCUGCAGACACUGAGGGAUGCAGUGUUGGGGGCAGUACGAGACAUAGAACAGCUGCUCAGCCUGGCCAGAGAAACACGAUCCUGUCCCUACUACGCUACACGCCUCGCUAUACCCCCCGCACAGCUGGUGGUGCUGCCCUAUCAGACAGUACUCCAUGAGGGGACGAGAAGAGCAUCAGGGGUGCAGCUGAAAGGACAGGUGCUGAUCAUAGAUGAGGCCCACAACCUCAGUGACGUUCUCUCCUGUAUACACAGCUCAGAACUAACUGGAGCACAGCUAUGCCGUGCACACUCCCAGCUUGCACAGUACUCUGAACGCUACAGGAGUCGACUGAAGGCCAAGAACCUGAUGUACAUUAAACAGAUCCUUUUUGUGGUGGAGGGGCUGGUGCGUGUGCUGGGAGGUAAGGUGGGGCAGAAUCCACACAGCCAGACUACUCAGCCAGCAACCGAACUGCUGACUAUCAACAACUUCCUGUUCAAGGCUCAGAUAGACAACAUCAACCUCUUCAAGGUACAGAGAUACUUUGAGAAGAGUAUGAUCAGCAGAAAGCUUUGUGGCUUCAUAGAAAAGUAUGCAGGUACAGGUGUGACGUCACACACACAAACCUCACACACACAGACACAGUUUGCCAACAAAGAGAACCGUCGCACUGAAGGCCUGAACCGCUACCUACAGACACUGCAGAGCAGCCAACAGCCUGACACUGAGUCACAUCCAGGCCAACAGGGAGCAGCAGAGGACAGGGAGCUGGCAGCAUCCCCUAUGAUGCAGGUAGAGGGCUUCUUCAUGGCUCUCACCAACACCAACACUGACGGACGUGUGGUGCUACACACACAAGGUAGUGUAGCGGUGAGUAGUAUGAAGUUCCUCCUGUUGAACCCAGCGGUACACUUUUCUCAGGUGCUGAAGGACUGUAGAGCUGUCAUCAUCGCUGGAGGAACCAUGCAGCCUGUGUCUGACUUUAAGCAGGAGCUGUUGUUCUCUGCUGGUGUUGGAGCGGAUCGCAUCAUAGAAUUCUCCUGUGGUCAUGUGAUUCCUCCAGAGAAUAUCCUACCCAUAGUGCUGUGCAGCGGCCCGUCUGGUCAGGAGCUGGAGUUCACCUUCCAGAACAGAGACACACCACGCAUGAUGGAGGAGACUGGCCGUGUGCUGUCUAACCUGUGUAACGUGGUGCCGGGAGGCGUGGUGUGUUUCUUCCCCUCCUACGAUUACUCCAGAAGGAUUCUGGAACACUGGGAGGCCAGCGGCGUCCUGGCACGCCUCUCUAGCAAGAAGAAGAUCUUCCAGGAGCCAAAGAAAGCCAACCAGGUGGAACAGGUGCUCAAUGAGUUUUCAUGCACAAUCCAGAGGUGUGCUGUGGAUGGGGGUACACUCUCUGGAGCGUUGCUGUUCUCUGUGGUCGGGGGAAAGAUGAGCGAGGGUAUCAACUUCUCAGACGACCUGGGCAGGUGUAUUGUGAUGGUAGGGAUGCCAUAUCCAAACAUCAAGUCUCCAGAGUUAAAGGAGAAGAUGGCUUACCUGGACAAGAACCUGCCUCACUCUGGUGGGAGGAGUCCAGGCCAGGCUCUGAUAGAUAACCUCUGUAUGAAGGCUGUCAAUCAAUCCAUAGGAAGAGCCAUCCGUCACCGUGGAGACUAUGCGUGUAUCGUUCUGUGUGACCGACGCUACUCCCGACCUGCAACGCUGGCCAAACUCCCUGACUGGAUCAGAGCACACACGCACACACACACCAAGUUCGGCCCUGCCUUUGCCGGCCUGAGACGGUUCUUUAUGGAGAAGAAGAAGCAACAACAGCAGCAGCUUUGAGAGGAAGGUGUAGCAGGUGAAGGAGUGCUGGUGUGUAGCGCUGGUCAGAAGAGAGCUAUCUCGCCUCUCGGGUAUCCUCGCUCUGGAGACAGGACUUCUGAUUGGAUUCUCUUUGAUUGGAGGGAUGUUCUUAUCAAAUUAAAGCACAUAUGCACACA